CACUUUGCGUCACCACAAUACUGCCAACUUUACGUAGGAGUAAUUUAAAUACAUUCAUUCAACCUCUUUGAUAUAUGAUACUUAUUCGGAGUCCGACCUCCUGUUUUUUUUUCUCCUUUUUUUUUAUUAAAAUCGAAUAUCUGUCAUAAAUUUUUAAAUGAUACCUAAUACAUAAAUUCUGCAUAGAGAUUCUUAUUCAGCACCUCAAUAUUGAGUGAAAAUAGCUACUUUCAGCAAUGUUAGAAAAGAAAUUUAAAAUUUGACACAUAGUGUUAUCAAUAAAGUCGGAAAUUAUGAAAUUAAUAAAAAUAAUAGGUGUUCAUGACAUGUUCACGCAAUUUUGACCUCUAACUCUUAAUAUUAGUGUCGAAAAUCAUGUAAUUAUUAUAGAAUAGUAUUUCUAGUAUUUAGAGAAUUAUAACCUAGUAUUGUAAAAUACCAAGUAGAUGGAUCUGUUCUAGUAAAUACGCCUUACCUCUACUGUAGUACAAACUGUACUGUACUGCUGUGCUGUACUGUCAACCACCACAGAACAAUAAUACACUGCACUGUCACACUGUCACUCGCUGUCAGUUUUUGCAUGAAAUUAAUGAAUUAGUUUUCAAUUUAAAAAGUAGUGUAAUAAUUUAUAAUUUAUUAAAAUAUUGAUCAUCAAGUGGUCAUAAAAAUGAAAAAAGACCUUUUUGCAAAUAAAGAAGCUUUUAUAAUUUUUAAUUUAUACAUAAUACUAUUUGUCUUUCAAGGUGUCUUCGUUACUGCGUCUAAAACCGAAAACGGUGGAUAUGACUACAACACGACACUGGUGGUAUUCUUAACAGAAUUAAUCAAGCUUAUUCUGUCUGCCAUAUUAUACACAAUAAAGAAAGACAACAAACCACAUAUAUUUAAAGCGAUUGCGAUAAAUUACAAUCUUCUUCUGUUGUACUUUGUGCCGUCUCUGCUGUACUGUUUCUACAAUAAUUUAGCAUUUAUUAAUUUAUCACAUUAUGAUCCAACUUCCUAUUACGUAUUGCUCCAAUUCCGAGUUGUACUCACUGCGAUACUGUUUCAGUAUCUAUUCAAAAAGAAACUGACGUGCAUCCAAUGGAUAUCAUUAGCCAUUCUCACGUCGGGGUGUAUAAUCAAAAACUUUGACGCAUCAAGAAAUUCGACUAAUACAAACGGUGACACGGACACAUGGUCACAAAUAUUCAAUAUAUAUUUUCUCUCUAUAAAUUUUCAAAAUUUUUGUUCGUGUUUAGCAGGUACGUAUAAUGAAUACUUGUUGAAAUCGCAAGGUGCUACUGUUGAUAUUUUUCUUCAAAAUGUUUUCAUGUACCUGGAUUCUAUCAUAUGUAACUUCUUUAUUUUAAUGCUAAAAGGAGAGCUUUCUACUGUAGUGGAGGACUUACAAUCAUUAAAAGACACAUUUGUAAUACUUAUUACAAUAAACGGUGCAAUAGUUGGUAUAGUUACUAGUUUCUUUUUGAAAAAUCUCAAUUCUAUAUUAAAAACAUAUGCGAGUGCUUUAGAAUUAAUCAUUACAGCUGUAGUAUGUUAUAUGCUAUUCAAUAUUUAUAUUACAUCAUAUACGAUUGUAUCUAUAUGUCUAGUCAGUAUAGCGGUUGCAAUGUACUUUAAAAAUCCCGUUAAUAAUACAACACCGUCUAAUUCGUCAAGUAGAGACAAGACACCACUUUUAGAAGUUACUUCCCAAUAAGUUACUGAUAGUGUAAGAAAAUUUAUAUUAUUAUCCAAAUUCAUAGGUGCUCAUAGUCAUGGCUGCAUCAUUUCUGUGAAUGACAACCGAACCUUUUUUUUUUUGACGCUGAGAAAUGCGUUGCGCAUACCCGCUACACCCAGCGCGGGCUUUACGGCUUAUGUGGGACUCCUCCUGCGGCCCCACCCCUAAGGGGGCUAGACAAGAAGCAGGCGUUUACCCACUAAAACUCAACUAUGUCCCUCGCAUGGAAGGCGAUGCACGGGACCAGCCCGAAGGCCAUACACCGCCAUAUACGCGGUUCGCCCCCAUUUUGGCCCGCCCUGAAAAGGG